CAUUUUAAUUCUUUCUGUUGUUGUUUUCUCUUCGUGUUUCACUCGCCACCAAAAGGGAGCACCACAUACCACGAAACUUGAACAAAAACCAGCUGGGACCUGGUUAAUAUAUUGGGUCCUUAGUCCUACUACUUAUACUUGCAUUUGUCUUCUCCUUUGCACCUAAAGAAGCUAGGCAAUUCAGUUCCAGCUUUCCAUAUUUCUGUUAGAGAGAUAUGGCUGAAGAGGUAGAAGAAAGGACACUUCAGACAACACCAACAUGGGCUGUAGCAACCGUUUGCUUCAUUCUGAUCUUUAUUUCAAUUACAAUUGAGCAAUUGCUCCAUCUUUUAGCUAAGUAUUUCAACAAGAAAAGAAGGAGCUCACUCAUAAAGGCAUUAGACAAGAUUAAAUCAGAAUUGAUGCUAUUGGGUUUCAUCUCAUUGUUGCUUACUGUGAGCGAAAAGCCAAUUGCAAAUAUCUGUAUACCGAGGACCGCAGGAGAAACUUUUCUUCCCUGUGGUAGUGCCAGUUAUAUUGAGAGUGAGGAAGAAGCCAAAUGUGCAGAGCAGGGAAAGGUUUCUCUAUUAUCCAGGUCUGGUGUGAGGGAACUCCAGUUCUUGAUCUUUGUGUUGGCUUCUUUCCAUUCUUUAUCAUGCAUACUCAUAUUCGGUUUAGGGAUGGCCAAGAUGAGGAGAUGGCAAUCUUGGGAGGCAGAAACAAGAACUUUAGAAUACCAAUUCUCCAAAGAUCCAAGGAGGUUUCAGCUCACCCAUCAAACAUCAUUUGGCAAGAGGCACCUGAGAUACUGGAGUGAACACAGCCUUCUCCGAUGGCCGACAUGUUUUUUGAGGCAGUUUUAUGGUUCAGUCUCUAAAGUUGAUUAUCUCACUCUUAGACAUGGAUUCAUUACGGCACAUUUUGAACAAGGAAGCAACUUUGAUUUUCAAAAAUACAUCAAAAGAGCUUUGGAGGUUGACUUUGGGGUGGUGGUAGGAAUAAGCUUCUGGAUAUGGAUCUUUUCUGUCUUUUACAUAUUCUUCAAUGCACGCAAAUUUUACAGUUAUUUAUGGCUUCCAUUCAUUCCACUAGUGAUGCUGUUGUUAGUUGGUACAAAACUGCAAGGCAUCAUAACAUUAAUGUGCUUAGACAGCCACGACAAAUCUCAUGUUGUCAGGGGAACUUUGCUGGUUAGGCCUAGUGACCAUUUCUUUUGGUUUGGUUGGCCCAAAUUGCUACUCCACCUCAUUCACUUCAUAUUAUUUCAGAACUCCUUCCAACUAGCAUUCUUCACCUGGACUUGGUUCAAGUUUGGUCUAAGGUCAUGCUUCCAUAGAGAAACAGAGGAUAUUGUUAUAAGGCUGGCCAUGGGAGUCUUGGUGCACUUCCUUUGUGGCUAUGUAACAUUACCUCUAUAUGCUUUAGUCACACAGAUGGGCACAUCAAUGAAGAAAGCUGUAUUUACGGAGAAUGUGGUUGCAGGCCUGAAGAGAUGGCGAGCCAAGGCGAGGAAAAACCUGAAGAACUCCUACGCUGCUCGCCCUUCCCUUGAUGCUUCACUUUCUUUGGAUACUUCACCUUCUCUCGAGACUUCACCUUCUUUUAGCCUUGAUGCUUCAAACACGGUAGACUUUGAUCGCGGGUUGGAUGCUGAACACGUUGUUGCCAUUGAAGUUAUGGGUGGGGAUGUAAAAGAAGGCAAUGACAAACAAACUGAGGAGCAUCAGAAAAUGGAUUCCUUUGAUGGGUUUGAUCCAAGUGUGACCAGUGCAACAUUAGUUUCAGAAAAAGCAUGACACCUCUAGAUCUUAGUAGCUCUUUACAUUCAUAUUCCCUAUGCCCAUAUUUCCAUAUUUUUAUUCUAUGGUAUGGGCUAAUGGAUUGUUAGUAUUGUAGAAAAUCAGUAUUUGUUAUAUAUUUCUUCAUCUCUUGUAUGGUUUAUAUAUAAAAAUUUUAGUUAAUCCUUCAGAUUGAGGUUA